AUGAGCAGCCCCCGCCGCCGCCUCCGCUCGCCGGCGCCGCUGGACGACGACGACCUCCUCUCCGAGAUCCUCCUCCGCCUCCCCCCGCUGCCCUCCUCCCUCCCCCGCGCCUCCGCCGUGUGCAGGCGCUGGCGCCGCAUCGCCUCCGACCCCCGCUUCUGCCGCCGCUUCCGCGCGCACCACCGCCGCCGCAACCCUCCCCUCCUCGGCUGCUUCGUCCAAGAUAUUGACUCCAUCCCCUUCCAACCUAUCCUGGAGGCCCCCAACCGCGUCCCGCAGGCCCGCUUCGCCUUCCCGAUCCACGCCGGCGACCCCCUCGGAUGCCGCCAUGGCCUCGUGCUCUUCCUCCGCAAUGCGGACCAGCUCCUGGUGUGGGACCCCAUCACCGGCGACCAGCACCGCCUUGACGUCCCCCCAGGGUUUGACGAGGACGACUCGGUCGGCGGGGCGGUGCUCCGUUCUGCUGCCGGCCACUUCCAGUUCCAGGUUGUCUUGGUAGGCAACAGCGAGAUAGAGCCUACACGAGCGGUCGCCUGCGUUUACUCGUCGGCGACCGGCGAAUGGGGUGACCUCGUCUCCACACCGCUCCCUCCCAAGGCUUCCAUGAGCUAUCGCUCCACCUCCAUUUCUAUGAACCAUCCUUGUGUGCUCAUCGAGGGUUCCUGUUACUGGUCGCUCGCUCAUGGUCCUGGCAUCCUUGCGUUUGAUUUGGAUAGCCAGAGCCUGAGUGUGAUACAUCUUCCAGUAGACCUGGCCCAUUUCGACUUCUUGGUUGUGCGGGCGGAGGGUGGCCGGCUUGGUUUCUUCGUUGUGCCAGGCUGCAGCGCCCAAUUGUGGAAGUGGAACAGGGAUUGCGAUGGUGCGGCUUCAUGGGUGCUGGAAAGAAGUAUUGAAUUGGACAAGCUGCUUACUCUGAAUCCAGACGACGAGAGAGAGCGCCCAAUUGUCGCGGGGUUCGCUGAGGAAAGCAAUGUGGUGUUACUGUGUGGUCAUCUGUUGGUGUCUUCACGCUCCAGCUUGAAUCAUUGCACUCCAAGAAACUCUUUAGAGUUAAACGCUGGUUUUGCUGUCUUCCAUUUGAAGGGGUCUAUACUGCAGAUGCGGAUAUUGGUGCUGGAGGCGAUGGAGCCAAACUUUUGCACAAUACAUAAUAUGAUUUGCCCAGUGCUAUCAUAAUGAGUUGAUUGGGCAGCUGCAGGUAUCGAAGGGUCAGGCCGUCAGGCUUAUGUUGGCUGCGAUGCAGAAGUGGAUUAUGUGCUGUAGGUUCUCCUUCCAUUCUGUAUGCUGUGCAUGGGGCUUGUGAUGCGCUCCACAAGGGAAUUAACAUGUCCUGGCCAACCAUAACUUGAAACGAUCAGUCCUGUAAGCUGCCGCCUGAUUUCUGCAGGCAAUAUUCGAACUGGCGCGAAGGGAAGUUAACUUUGCUUUGAUUGGCGCAUCAGCUAGAACCGGCCUGUCCGCUGCGUUUUGUGGCUCAUUGCUUGUGUUGUGCAUUUCCCCCCAGCAUGGUUUGCUAGUGUCCUAUGACGUUUUGUCUCUUGUGUGUUGUCAAAAUUGUAUUCCAAAGAGAUGCCAUUGCUCCCAUGAUGCUUCUGUGGGUUGAAUUAAUUUGCUUAUUCAGUAACAAUGCUACUACUGGGACAGGCAAUUUUUCUUCUUUGAUGGUAAGAGAUGGAACUUAUAGACGACGUAAUGCCGGUGCUCUGGGAAAGAAGCUGAAUGAUCCGGGAAUUCCCAGAAGCACCUUGGUUUCUGAGACGGUCGCUACACCACGACUCCGCCCGCCGUGCUUGACUUUGAGGGAUUAUGCUACUCAAGCAUCUUGCCGUGAAAUCAGAGAUGUCCUGGAGCACCAAGGAAUCUAUACUGGAGCUCCAUCGACUAUGUCCAGAUGGACGAAUUCGAGGAGGAUCGAAGCCCAGAAGACAAACUCGAAGAAGCACCGCCAUUCACCCGAGCAUCGUACCUGCGAAGACUAAAAACCCUAACAUAAACUACUAACCGGGGCGGAGGUAUCGGGAUUCCCCUCCCACCAUCGACCGCCGAAAUGGCAGGCAGAGGGGAGACGAAUCCACGGGCUUGCCGGCGAAAUCCUCCCUAGCUGCGAAGUGUCAGGGAAGGAAAAGUUUUCCUUCAUUGUCUUAACAUGUACUUUAUGUUUAUUCAUGG